GGGUAGUGAAGUUUUGAUAUAACUGUGUCAAUGGCUUCCAAACUACAACUUCAUCAGAACGUUGAGGUGAGGAGUAUUGAAAGUGGAUUCCUGGGUUCAUGGCACUUAGCUACUAUCAUUGCUUUUGAUGAUUUUGUUCCACAAGUUCAAUACCAUCACCUUCUCUCUGAUGACGAUGCUUCUAUCAACUUGAUUGAAUCUGUUAAGCUUUCUCCAAUUAGGCCUUUCCCACCUCCACUUCAAUUUCACACAUCCCUUCUAUUUUAUGGACAAUGUGUUGAUUUGUUUUAUCAAGAUGCUUGGUGGGAAGGAGUUAUAUUUGACCAUCAAAACGGUGCCCUAAACCGCAGAGUUUUCUUUCCAGAUAUGGGUGAUGAAAUCAAUGCUCAACUCCAUAAUCUACGUAUAACUCAAGAUUGGGAUGAGGUUUCACAACAAUGGAAGCCUCGUGGUAGCUGGAUGUUUCUUCAAAUUAUUCAGGAGAUUGAGAAUCUCCACCCCCUUUUCGUCUCACUCAAACAAAUUUGGUAUCAAAUCCGGGAGAAGAAUGGCUACCAAUACCUCAAGGAAUGGACAUCUACUUCGGCUGAUAUCUGGAGGAACUUGAUCAAGGAAGUUGUGCAUGAAAACGCCAUGUUAACCAUCAAGCAUAUUUUUUGUGAGUCCAACACUUCACCAGACUUUCUAGAGGGAGGUCCAUUGCUAGAAUUUUCACAACCCACUAUUCAGGUUGAAACAUAUUUUGAUAACUCAGACAUUGUACCUUUUAUUGAAGCCAUAUGCAAAUCAAUUAGUGGGGAGAUGUUGUGUAUGGAUCGGGAUGUAUCAUGUCUUCAGCCUAUAGAAAAACAACUUGUUUCGGAGGGUUUUGGACCAAUCUCAGAGGAUGUUCCAUUGAGUGGUAGUGCUUUAUUUAGCUCAGUUCUGCCAAGCGAAGAAGAACAACAAGCUGUAUCACCUAAUGCUUCGCCAGUUUUACAUCCCCCUAAAAAUGAAAUUUCUGGUACUUUGUCAAUUACUACGAGUGAGAGACUGAAUUUUGAGUCUUCCAAUAAGAUACAUUCUAGAAAGAGGAAGCGAGUUGAGUGGAUGACCAUCGCCCAUGUAGCUGAGCUUUGUCCUGAUGCAGUUUCCGAGUACAAUGAUAAUUAUAUGUCGAACCAUAGGUCCCCAGAGUCCUUGCAAAAACUUAAGAAACAUUUGUUUCACUUAGGAUGGAAAAUUGAGCAACCAAAGGAUUGCAGCAUCACUAGGACACGGUACAUUGCUCCUGAUGGAAAAAUAUUCCAAUCACUUCGUCAAGUUUGUAAGAUGUUGGAAAAGUCAGAAACUUGGGCAGAAGGCCAAAAAACAUCAUAUGAUGGUUCAUCUGAUGACCUCAACUUGUCUACUUGCCUGGCAAAAACAAAGACAUGCAGUGAGGUGUCUGAGCUGCCAUAUACUUCUCAAGAACCAAUCAUUGAUCCUGAAAUCUGCCGUGAAGCUGUAAUUGAAUAUUGUUCACUGGGAUCACCAGACAAUCCUGCCUAUAAGAAGUUGAACAGUGGGGAAAAGAAGUUUAUGAUCAUGAAAGCUAAGAAGCACCUAGUUGCAAUAGGAUGGAUAUUUUAUUAUUAUUGGGGAAGGGACAAGAGAGAAUUGCGGUACCAUUCUCCUCAUGGGAAAACAUUCAACACUCUUCUAGCAGCAUGCAGAUGGUGUAUGCAGCAGUGGAAAGCUGAGGAACAGAUGCCUGAAUUAUUUUCCCGGUCAACUGUUCUGGAAUAUCAGGGGAAUUCGGCACCUCAAAGAACCUCAUGUGAGAAGUUAUCAGCGGCGACAUUUUCUGUCCUGCCACAUGCGAAAGAACCUGCUCAACUUAAUAAAGUCACAGUUUGUGAAAUCAGCAAAACAAGAAAGAAGACUAAUCAUGCAGGUGGCAUGUUGAGAAAAGGAAAUGAAUCUAGAUCUUCAAGAACAGUAACAGAUGGUACAGAAUCUCAGUCUUCAGUUGGUCUGUUGCGAUCCAGUAAAAAAACUCGGCAGGGAACACUUUCUUCUUCCUUGCAUCAUACACCUCGAACAGUUUUAUCUUGGUUGAUUGACAAUAAUGUGGUUCUGCCGCGUGCGAAAGUGCAGUAUCGUGGGAAAAGAGAUGGCCGUCCAAUGGCAGAAGGGCGGAUCACUCGUGCAGGGAUCAAAUGCAAGUGCUGCCAAAAAGUUUAUGGAAUUAGCAGUUUUGAGGUGCAUGCUGGAAGCAGUUAUCACCGACCUUCAGCAAAUAUAUUUUUGGAAGAUGGACGAUCCCUUCUUGAUUGUCAACUGCAGAUGAAAGAAAAGGCUAGUUUAAGACACACGAGGAAGAGACCACCUUUGUUGAAGAAGCGCAGCCAUUUGGGCACAAAUGACUAUGUGUGUUCCGUGUGCCAUUAUGGUGGUGAAUUACUUCUGUGUGAUGAAUGCCCAUCUUCCUUUCAUACUGGUUGCCUUGGAAUGAAGGAGAUUCCAGAUGGAGAGUGGUUUUGCCCAUCAUGCUGUUGUGAAACCUGUGGCCAGAGCAGAUUUGAUAAAAACAAAGACCACUUUACCGACAGCAGUCUACUUAUCUGUUGUCAGUGUGAUCACAAGUAUCAUGCUCGGUGCGUGAGAAAUAAGGGUCUUCAAAAGCUGGAUUAUUAUCCUGUAGGAAGUUGGUUUUGCAAUAAGAGAUGUGAGCAGAUAUGUUUGGGUAUCCGCCAACUUUUGGCAAAGCCAGUUAUGGUGGGAAUUGAUAACCUCACUUGGACUUUAUUGAAAUACGUGAAACCUGAUGAUUUUGAUUCGGAUGCUGCUGAUGAUGAGUUCAUCUUGGAGACUUAUAGUAAACUUAGUGUCGCUCUGGAUGUGAUGCAUGAAUGCUUUGAGCCUGUCAAAGAACCUUACACAAGGAGAGAUCUUAUGGAAGAUGUUAUCUUUAAUAGAUGGUCAGAGCUGCAUCGCUUAAGUUUUCAGGGUUUCUAUACUGUGCUUCUGGAAAGAAAUGAUGAAGUUAUUUCAGUAGCAACUGUAAGGGUUUAUGGAGAAAAGGUAGCCGAGGUUCCUCUUGUGGCAACAAGAUUUCAGUACCGCCGACUUGGAAUGUGUCGCAUCUUAAUGAAUGAGCUUGAAAAGAAACUCAUGGAAUUAGGAGUUGAGAGGCUAGUUUUGCCAGCUGUCCCCACCGUGCUAAACACAUGGACCACUUCAUUUGGUUUCUCAAUGGUGAAAGAAUCUCAGAGGUUAAACUUCUUGAAUUACACUUUCCUUGAUUUCCAGGGUACAAUAUUGUGUCAGAAACUUCUCCAGAAUAUCCCUCCAGAGGUAUCAAGUGAAUCAACAGAAGCUUAUCAAACUCAAUUUGACCACAUAAACAGCAAGGAGAAUGUUGAGUUGGAUGGAAACAGUGCGCUUUCUGAGGUCUUCCAAGCUGAGCAAAUUGAGGAGAGUGAAAUUGUGGACCAAGGAUCUACAGAUGCACCUGGAGGAUGUGAAAGCAAUAAUACUGAUGCUCCAGCUCCUUUCAUUAUUGUGGUGAACCAACAAGCUCCUCUUGGCUGCCAGGAUGAAACUAGUCUGCAGUACCGAGCUGAAGUUACUGAUAGUAAGGUCUUAGAAAAAACAGGUGUUGUUCAAUACAUAUGUUACAAGCGGAGAAAAAAGAUAUCAGCCUGUGGAAGCUAA